CUUGGGCUGUAAGCGGCUGGCGGCAGGCUCUCGUUCUUGGCAUGUCUUCGCCCCUGUAAGUUGCUGUUGUUCUUCCAUUUUGAGCGUUGCUUCGCAUGCACCGCCGACUACUUAGCAAUGUAAGCUACAACCCAAUUCAAAACUGGUUAGCUAUACAGGGGUUCUCUACUUAUUGGGUACCUAUCUACAAGAAUAGGAAGAUCUCUAGGUUAUAUUGUCUUGUUUUCCCCUUGUCUCGCUUCUUUCCCUCCAAAUACCAGACUACUUAUAUAGAGUGUAUUUAUUCAUUCCUCAGACUAGCAAUAGGUAACGUCCGUAGUAUUAAACCUACCCUCAUCAACCCCCGUACCUCUCGAACUCGCAUCAUGUCUCGGUACUCCGGCCUAAUGCCGUCCGCAAGAGACCAUUACGAGCCUAGAGAUCGGCGUCGUCGUCGGAAAAGAGACCCGUACCAUUACAGCGCAGCAUUUAUGCGCGAGGCGAUGGAGGUACCCGAUGAAGAGGAAUAUAGAACCUGUUCGUUUCUUUCCAAAUCACUGUUCUGGUUCAUGCCGAUUGCCCUCUCUGGGCUUCUCAUCGCCAUCCUCGUCGUAUACAUCCUAGCCCUCAAAGAUAACAGUGCUAGCAUCGACCCAGACAGCAUCGAGUUUCAGCUUUACAAAAACACUCGAUUCCAGGAGUGCUCCAACCAGAGCUCGUCCGCCAUCGACUGCACAUUUCUACGGUAUGACCUGGCGACGGACAGUCGAGGGUUUACCGACUUUUCACCCGACCCAAGCGAGAACUAUAUGGUCAAGCUGUGGCUGCCGGCGGACCGGUCUGACUAUGAGGGAGCUCGAUACACGUGGUGCGAUGUUGCUAGCUGCUUGGGCGACUUCAAGGUGAUACCAUCGACGCCGUGGCCUGCCGCCUUCUACACGCUCUCGCUCACGACCACGCUGCUCACCACCAUGACUAUAUGGAGUGCCUCGUGGUGGAUGUUCAAGCUAUUUACUUCCGACCCCGAGGAGUGCGGCGAGGGUCUGGGUACGAUGUUCUGGGCCUUUGCCAUAUUUGACGCCGUAUCCGUGGUGUUCUGGUGGGUUAGCCUUUUCAUGCAGGCUUCGAACCCCCUACACUUUGCCCCCCUGUCGGUGUUGAACUGGGUCACGGUGUGGCGAUACGCACGCUCGCUACACUUCCACCCCGUGAAGUGCACCUUUGAACCCGACUCGACGCUACACCGAGUCCUAAUAUGGGUCUUGUACCUCCUGACGGUGGCCCAAUGGAUCGCCUCCUGCGUUGUUUUCGGGAUAUACUACGGCGACAUUGUGUCCAUGUUCGGGAGGGGCCGCUACGCCCGAUACGACUGCCACGAGGACAAAAUAGACGCUGCUCCUGGCGUUUCUUCAUGUUCUUCGACCGAGUUGUGCUCCAAGGACUGGCUGCUAGGAGACCCGGGUUUUGAGCAGAGCGUCUACUACGGAGACUUAUUGGUGGCCAUAUUCUGGAUCUCGACUGUCGUAGCAUUAGCUCCGAUCCUGGGCCUCAUCCUCGAGGGAUUUCGUCGGUUGUAUCGAGAUCAGGAUUUCUUUCCGAGCAACACUUCUAGGUUCCUGAAGAAGUGGUGCAGCAACGCCUCCCUUGAGUUUGUUCUCCUGGGCUUAUUCUUCGCUGUAUUUGUUUUAGAUAUUAUAACGAUUGUUGACGUUUUUCGAGAGACGGGCGAUAACGAUCGAGCAGGGACAUUCGCGUUUGACUUAUCUUGUCGGGCUGUUCACGUUUCCCUAAGCCCGUGGAAAUCUUUCUUAGAUAUAAACGAAUACGGGCGAGCAUUUAAGAUUGCAAGAACCUGGUUUAAUGUUUGAAAAUAUACAGAUUGGGAUUUGGGGGUUGGUGAAAAGGAUGAUACAAUUGAUGCAUUGAAACAUCGUGAUUAGCCCCUUUAUCUCUGCUAACAGAACUCGGCCAUCUUAGAUGAUUAAUAAUUAAGCUGCUGAGUUAUUCCCUGUUGAUUGUUAGGGAUCGUAUUUGCAUAGAAUAAGAGGCAGGGCCUAAUUUGUAGUAUGUAGGUGUUUUUGUUGUCUGUUUUGACUCAUACCCUAGAUAUCUAUCUGAGGAUAGGGGGAAGAGGUGUCUUCCCUAUAGACUUGCUAUCCAGCGACUGCCCUACGAGGUAGCCGUAUUGUCUCCCGACAUUUAUACUAAAUUAUUCCCUAUGGUUAUUUUUUUUUUAAAAAGGGGGGGAGGGCAGGGGGGAGACGACUGUAUUAU